UGGCCCCUUUAGCCGCGAAGAAGACAAAGGCGGAAGUUAGCAAGAGGACCGGAGAAGACAAAGUGGUUCGGUCGCGGCAGGGAAACGUCUCCUAAAAUGGCGUCUACCAAAGAGUUUAUAAGGGAGCGAUUGAUGCUGGCUGCCGAUGAAAUAUUCGCCAUGUUCGAAAGAACAGUAGCCUCGUACGAGGAGGAACUUUCUCGAACGAGAGAGGAGAAGGAGCGACUACGACAGCAACUGGAAGCCAGUUUGCCGCAAACGGAAGACGUCCAGCAGCAGGAGGCUCCCCAGCCCCCACACGUCAAGGAGGAAGAGGAGGAGCUCUGGAUCACUCAGGAGGGCGAGCGUCUUCCGGGGCCGGAGGAGGCUGACCUCGCCAGUUUGCCGCUGACCGUUGUGUCUGUGAAGACGGAAGACGACGAAGAUGAAUCCCAAGAGGACAACCUCUUAGCACCGCUGUCGGACGACGACACGACAUCCUCUGAAAAAGAGACGACUUCCCAAACGCCAAAGAGACACGACGCCGGUCCAAUGUGUUUCGCCUGCUCAGUUUGCGGCAAAGGAUUCCCUCGCAAGGACACUUUGGUUGCGCACAAGAGAACGCACACAGGAGAGAAACCCUUUAGGUGUUCCGUUUGCACCAAGAGAUUUUCUUACAAGUGUGAUUUGACUCGACACAUGCGGACUCACACGGGAGAGAAACCCUUCACCUGUUCCAUUUGCGGCGCAAACUACUCUCAGAAGUCCAACUUGCUGGCCCACGAGAGGACGCACACAGGAGAAAAGCCUUUCAUAUGCUCCGUUUGCGGUGACGCGUUCUCGCAGAAGAUCCACAUGGUCGCGCACAUGCGGACGCACACGGGCGAAAAGCCUUUCGCCUGCUCGCUUUGCGGUAAAAGCUAUUCUCAAAAGUCCAAAAUGAUUGCGCACAAGAGAACACACACGGGGGAAAAGCCCUUCAGUUGCUCCAUGUGCGGCGAUGCUUUCGCUCACAGGUUGUCUUUGAACGCUCACAUGGAAACGCAUAACCAAGAAAAACCCUUCAGCUGCUCAGUGUGCGCCGAAAGCUUUUCGUACCGCUCCAGUCUGCAUGGACACAUGCGGACGCGCCACAGGAAGCCCGUCGCCUGCUCCAUAUGCGGCCGAUCGUUCGCGCUGAAGAAAAUUUUGACCAUGCACAUGAGAACGCACACGGGAGAAAAACCCUACAGUUGCUCAUUUUGUGGCAAAGGAUUCACCCAGAACACGCACAUGCUGUCACACAUGAGGACGCACACGGGAGAAAAGCCGUACUCCUGCUCGCUUUGUGCCAAGACCUUCUCUCGACGCGACACUUUGACGGCGCACAUGCGGAAACACAACGGAGAAUAAGACGCCAAAAGAUGGUCGUGGCGUGGAAGUGUCGUUUGGGCUAUACAGGGUCGACAUGGGGGGAAAACAGCCACACACACAUCAGACCAAACGGAGUGGUUGGUGUGGCGCAGAUUUUCUUUGCUGUUGGCCAUUAAACAGUCAUGUAGACAGAUCAUGACAUCAUCUGGAGUGUCAGACGCUUGACUUCCGGUGUAGACGUUUCUACCUACAGUACUUCUUAAUGCGGUACACACGUUUGUAUACAGCAGCACAAACCAAGAGGAACAUAUUUCUGAUGGGUUUUUUAAAUACUACUAAUUCAUGUCAAAAAUCUGUGAUCAUGUCAAAUCUAUAAUCAUGUCAAACACUGCCGCUCUGGUGAAGCCGUAUCCUGAGAUCAUCACAUGACUGUCACAUGACUAAAUCACUAGUUCAAGAAGGACUGAAUACUACUAUUGUCUCAAUACUACUAUUGUCUUCAAGGCUGCUUGGGUACAAUGAAGUACUCCAUGGUGUUGUUAAACACUAACACUGCUAGAGCAAAUACUACAUAAAACACCACCAAUACAAGAUCAAAUACUACAUAAAACACCACCAAUACAAGAUCAAAUACUGCAUAAAACAUCACCAAUACAAGAUCAAAUACUAGAUACUAGAUAAAACUCCAACAGUACAAGAUCAAAUACUACAUAAAACAUCACCAAUACAAGAUCAAAUACUAGAUACUAGAUAAAACUCCAACUGUACAAGAUCAAAUACUACAUAAAACACCACCAAUACAAGACUAAAUACUAGAUACUAAUACUAGACACGGAGCACCAACUUCUUCGUCCAGAUUGUGUCUGGGCGAUGCCGGAAGUCCACACCCAGUGCAAUCCUGGCACAACAGUUACGGAAACAAAGGUUCCACCCAAGUACUGCUCACACUGCAUAAUAUUAUUAGUUUUACAUUUUCACAGCAUAAAUAGAAUAAAAAACACUUCUUAGAUUUUGUUGUAUUAGACCAACCAAAAAUGUAUAUUUAACCGCUUUUUGGGUGUAUGACAUAUAUUUACGAAUUUAUUGUCGUAUUAGAGAGUAGAAUAAGAGUAUUUCGGCCACAGCGGGAUAUUUUGGGCAUCAGGAAUAAAGUCAUAAAUAUACGAGAAAAAAGAAGAUACAUUUAUGAGAUGGACAUACAAUAAUAAAGUCGCAAAAAGGCGCACAUUUACGAUGAAA